AUGUCUUUCCUUCAUAAUCAUUCUUGCGAGUGCGUUAAGUCAGAAUUGGAUUUGUUUGCACUACCGUCUACACAAACUAGCAUUGAAAAUGGAUUGUGGAUUCAUUAUAAACCAAUUUCAUCUCUUGGUGAUGAUGGACCUAUCGAGUUUCAAGUUCCUGGGACCGGCGAUGACUACAUAGAUUUGUCUCAUACAUUACUCCACAUAAAGGCAAAAGUAUUAAAUCAAGAUUCAACUAACUUGGUAUCUACUACAAUAGUAGCACCUGUAAAUAAUUGGCUGCAUUCACUUUUUAGUCAACUUGAUGUUUAUUUAAACCAAAAACUUGUAUCACCACCUAAUAAUACCUAUGCAUAUCGAGCAUACAUGGAAACCCUUUUAAACUAUGCCCCUGCUGCUAAACAAUCUCAUCUUACUUGUAGUCUUUGGUAUGAGGAUACAGCAGGAAAAAUGGAUUCUACAGAUGGUAAAAACAUAGGAUUUGUUAAAAGACAGGAAUUGAUUAGUGAAAGUAAGGAAAUAGAAAUGAUUGGUCAUCUUCACGGUGACAUUUUUAACCAAGAUAAAUUUUUAAUUAAUGGUGUUGAAAUGAGUGUUAAAUUGGUUCGAUCAAGAGAGAGUUUUAAUUUAAUUGUUGGGUCGAACGAUGUAAAGUUUAAAGUUUGCAUUACGGACGCAACUCUUAUUGUGCGACGAGCACGAAUUAAUCCAAGUGUAUUACUCGCACAUCAAAAAGUUUUAGCUUCUACCACUGCUAAAUAUCCUAUUACUCGAGCUGAAGUAAAAGUUUUAACAAUUCCUUCAGGUGUUCAAGGAAAAACUCUUGAUAAUAUAUUUUUAGGACAGGUACCGAAAAGAUGUAUAAUUGGAUUUGAGAACAAUUCUGCAUUUAAUGGUUCCCUUACUAAAAAUCCAUUUAACUUUGAAAACUAUGGUAUUAAUUCUUUCAGCUUAUAUAUUGAUGGUCAACAAAUACCUUCAAAAGCUUUGCAACCAUCUUUUAAUAAUAGCAUAUUUACAUCAGCAUAUCAUACUCUAUUCUCGGGAACUGGUAUUCACUUUCUUAAUGAAGGAAAUGGAAUCUCUUGUGAACAGUAUGGCAAAGGUUACUGUCUAUUAGCAUUUGACUUAACUCCUGAUUUAUCAGCUAACUCAUCAACUCAUUGGAAUCUCAUAAAGCAUGGUAGUGUAAGAAUAGAAGUACGAUUUGAAUCCUCAUUAAUACAAACAAUUAACUGUAUAGUUUAUGCUGAGUUUGAUAAUAUUAUUGAGAUAGAUAAAAACAGAAAUGUUACUGUAGACUAUAGUAGUUAA